GUUAGUACGUUUCUUUCAGACGAAUCAGACAAGACCAGACUAAGAUUAAUCGUCAUAUUGUGAGAACAUAUUUAAGAAUUCUUUCGGAUAUCUGUAUCUUAGAAACAAAACAUGAAACUGAAGUAAUAACCUAAUCUUAUUCAGUCUGACGUACCUGGUCGUAGUCUGAAAACGACGGGAUCUGGAAAAUAAACAAUGCCGAAGGUGAUGUGCACUGAAAACUUAAUUCCUCUCGUUCGUUCUAAACCAGAGAUCUGGGAUCACAGUCAUACGCAUUAUACCAGUAAAGAUGUCAAACUUCAGGCGUGGAUGUACAUCGCCAAUAAACUGAACUCAACACCUGAUUUGGCAAAGUCGAGAUGGACGAACCUCCGAGACUUAUUCCGUCGUGAACUAAAGAAGAGCUUAAAGAUGGCUCAAGAGACUGGAGAUCCGAGCGCAUACAUACCGAAAUGGAAGCACUUCAAAAGCAUGAUGUUUCUUAAAGAAUAUAUGGUUAAGGAUGACAAUAGUGUGUCUCGAUCUGUAGUAGAGGAUUCCUUUUCUAUGUAUCCUCAAACCAUUUUAGAGGAUGGAGAAAAUGUUGAAGACAGUUUUUAUGUCGAGGAUGUGUCGACACGGAGUUCUACGCCAAGCCACAUGGAGAUGCCUAUCCUGCCAGAACAAUCUACUGUUAAGAGGAGUAAUGAAGAUUAUUCCUAUUUGAACGAAAGACAGAGUAAGAAACACGUAUGGAACACUGGACAGAACAUUGGUAGUGGAUAUUUCGAUUAUUCCACCAGAGACAUUGCCGAUGUAGACGAAGAUUACCACUUCGUUAUGAGUAUCUUGCCAUCAGUUCGUCGCAUCCGAAUGGACAGGAAAACGUCUUUCAAAAUGAAAGUUCUGCAACUCAUAGCUGAGGAGGAAAACCUUGAUUCAACGUGACGUCAACUAAUAUUUUAUUAUCUAAAGGUAUUUGCUUACUUCAAGAAUUUUAAUAAAAAAUAAUAUCUUGAUUCAAGAUACAUCACAAAUUAGUCCUGUAUACCGUAUAUCGUAUGUGUGGACUUUUGUUUCACUGUUGUGUUUCAAGAACAUGAAGCUGCAAAAGAUACGCGCUGAUUGUGACCAACCAUAACUGAUGUUGUAUAUUAAACAAAGAAACGUACAAAGUAACUAAGCUACUACGCAAACAAAAUCACGUCAUCAGAAAAGGCUGAAGAAGAAAGAAACCACGUGAUUUGAAAAACAGUUGUGCUUAACGAUAUUUAGAACGUUUAUCAAGGAAGCACCAUUGGGGGUUUCCCAUAAUAAUUACGUUUCAUGUUUUUCAGCCUGUUUUGAAGCAUUAACAUGCUGUAAUGUUUCGCAUCAACUUUGUUUUCGACCUAUUAAAAAGGUUAAAACUGUAUAUUAUAAACUAUUGAAGAAUCUUUCACGAAAGGUGUUGUCUUCUUCUUACGCUGUACAGCCAAUUUCCGACCAAGGCUGUCUUAGUCAGCUUCCGCCAUCUUGACCCAUCUAACGCCACAGUCCUCCACCUAUUGACACCAACGUGUACUUUUCUACAUUGUCUAGCCAUCUCAUCGGUAGCCUUCCUGUCCUUCUGUAUUCCUCAGGCUUUUAGAAUGUCAGUUUCUUCACUGGGUUUUCAUCACCAUAUCUGUAUAUAUGGCCUAGCCAUUUUAAUUCAGAAGCUAUAAUAACUUUUAUAAUGCUUGAUUCUCUAAAUUUUUGCUGCAGAUCAAAAUUGCGUACGACAUUCACUUCCAUACAACACUAUAGGUCUUACUAAGGACUUGUACAACUGUAUUUUAGUUUUACUGCUUAAAUAAUUUGAUUCAAACUGGUUUCGUAAUCCGUAAUAGCAUCUGUCAGCAAUGUUGAUUCUACAAAAGUUGUUCAUAUACCUAAUUUUGUUUUAACGCGAUAUAUACGUUCAUGAAGAAUAUGUCUAAAAAAAUCAUGUAAAAAAGGCAUUGUAUCUAUGGAAGAAAAGAAAAUUGGUUCCAGAUUUUAAAAAAAUCAGCAAAAUAUUCGUUUUAAGCUUAUUAUUUUAUGUCAACAAUAUACACAUGCCACAGUAUGUAAUAAAAAUGUAUUAAAAUAAAUUUCCAUUUAAAAU